AUGCCAACUCAGCAGUUCCAUCUUCUCGGGGAGGAGCCCUCCUCCGCCAAACAGAUUGAUGUCUCCGUCAAAACUCUCGUCGAUCUGAAAGACUUGAUUGCGGCGCAUUUUGCCAUCGUCGAGCCUAGCGGCAUCGGCUUCCAAUCCCAAAACACCAUCCUCCACGACAUCCCGUCCAUCACGUCCACUGCCUCCCCCGUGGCAAUCACCAUCGACGGCCACGCAGUCCGCGAUGCCCCCGGUCCCCCCGGCCUCCCCUAUGUGGGUAACUAUCUCGAAGUCUACCCCGACCACCUGGGUAACCACCAGCGUCUCUUCGAUCAAUACGGACCAUUGAUCAAAACGACAAACAUGGGACGCGUGACAUACCAAACCAACGACCCGGUCCUGUCUGCCAUCGCUUUCGCCGAGUCUGACUUUUUCACGAAAUACAUCAACCCCGCGCAUCCGUUAUACGCACUCAAACAGCCCUCGGCGGGUAUCUUUCUCGGCGACACUGACACGCCCGAGUGGAAGGUGACGCACAAGUUCCUCCCGCCUGCACUCGGCCCAAAGGCAGUGCGGCACUAUACGCCCACCAUGCAGACGACCGUCGAAGAUGCCUUCACUGUCUUCGACGCCUUCGAUGAGAAAAACGAAGCCUGGAACGUGUACCAGUACAUGCUGAAACUGGGCUCGCAAGCCGUGGGCAAAAUCACCCUCGGCAUUGACUUUCAGCAUUUCUCGGCCCCGGACACGCCGCUGCAUGAGAUGGUGCAUGAUAUUGCGGAGUUGCUUUCGUUGAAUAAAAAGGUUACCUCUCGGGGUGAUUGGUAUGGGAAGCUGCCGUUUGGGGAGCCGGCGCGGUUGAAGCAGGUGAACAAGAAGAUUGUGGAGAUGGUGGGGGAGUCGAUACGGCGGGCUGAGCGUGGUGGUGUGACGGAUCUGCCAUUGCAGGACGCGGCGCUGGAGGCGUCGAAUAUGGUUGACUAUGCCAUCCGCGCAACCGAUAACAAAGGCGACAAACUCCCCAAAUCCAACCUUGUCUGGUCACUCGUCGUCGCGACAGCCGCCGGCUUCACGACCACCAGCUCGCUCCUCUCAUGGUUGAUCUACGGGCUCGUCACGUACCCAGGCAUGCAGGACAGACUCCUCCAAGAACUCAUCGACCACGGCAUCGACGAGAAUACCACCAUCACCGCCGACCUCACCGACCGCCUCACCUUCCUGGACAAGUACAUCAAAGAAACCCAACGCAGGCACAACCCAUCCUACCAGCCCGGCCGCACAGCAAAGAUCGAUACCAUCCUGCCAGGUGGCUACAAGAUCCCCAAGGACUCGGUGCUCAUUCCCGCCUUACACCACAUCCACAAUAACCCCAAUCUAUGGGAUAACCCGCAUCAAUUCAGCCCUGAUAGAUGGGAUACUGAGGAAGUGAAGAACAGGCAUAAAGCUGCGUAUAUCCCCUUCGCGAUGGGUCCGAGAAUGUGUAUCGGGUUCAAUUUCGCACUGCAGGAGAUCAAAGUGUUCCUGCCGAAGCUGAUCUAUCGGUAUAAGUUUAUCAGAGAGGGAGAUGGGACGGUGGAGUAUGAUCCGAUGUUCCAGUUGAUCAGGCCGAAUAAUUUGUAUGUCAGGGCCGAGAGAAGGGUGAAGUGGCCGUCUAAGAGUGACCUUUGAGGCUGUGCUUGACCAUCAUUAUUAUUACGCUGUUUAGAAGAAGACAGAUAGUCUAUCCUAUAUAUAACUGAGUUUUUGUCCAAUAUUUUCUGAAACAAGAUGGUCUCCAGACGACAGUAAAGCCCCCAACGGAUAAAUCCAUCGCAAAGACCAGAGAAAGAUACAAACCUCCUGCCCUCCCUUCCAUCUGCCCUCGCGCUCUAACACUUCCUCUCCCGAUGAACUUCCUGCCGAACUAAAUGAGGUGCAUUUACUUUCGGAGGUGUGCUAGGAGUGUGGGUAUGCGGUUGAUGGGAUGCCGUUUCGGAUUGUUCAGUAUGGGAAUGAGAAGGCGGCGUUGCGUAGGAGGGUAUAGGAUCAGAACAUUU